CCCCUCGGCGCCGUUCCCGCUGCCUCCCCGCUCUCGCGAGAGCCGCGCCCGGAAGCGGCCGAGCCGGCGCUGAGGGCCGCCCGCCAUGGAGGCCCCGCGGGCGCUGCCGCUGCUGCUCCUGCUGCUGCUGCUGCUCCUGGGGCUCUGCGCCGCCGACGGAUCGCAAACGGUGUCCGGCGGAUCUCAGGCGGUGUCUGAGGGAACCGGAGCAGGUGACAACGGGGAGCACACGAACACACACGCAGGGAACGGAAACGAGCAGACGGACCAUGGUAACUCCAACAACGGCAACCCCAAAACAGACACGAGCAGCGGGACCAACGCGGAAAACGAACAGCAGGACAACAAUCCGACUGUAAACGGCAGCAAGGACGAGAAGGAGAAUAAGGAGUCGCAGAAAGGCAAGGGCACAGGGGCUGCUCAGGGGGGCCAAGGUGCAGAUGGCAAUGGUGGAAGCAGCGAUGGAGGAGGUGGGGAACAAGGAGGCGAAGGCCAGAACAGCAGCAGUGGUAACACAGGCAAGACAGGCAGUGAUGGGCAGGACAACACAGGCAGUGCCCCUGGUAGCCAGGGCAACCAAAGCAGUGGCACUGGUAGCCAGGGCACUGCAGGGACCAGCAGUGUUAGCCAGGGCAAUGCAGGCAGUGGCACUGAUGGCCAGGGUGGUAAAGACUCCAGCACUGCAGACACGGGCAACCAAAGCAGUGGCACUGGUAGCCAGGGCACUGCAGGGGCCAGCACUAAUGGUGACAGUGGCAGCCAGAACAACAACAAUCAGCAGAGCAGUGUCAGCAAGAACGGCCAGGGUGGCAGCCAGGCAGAGGGCAACGAGAACGGGGGCAGCACAGAUGACAAGACCAAGAGCAGCAGUGACAAGAACAGCAAGAACACAAAUGGCAGUACCAACCAGAGCAACGACCAGAACAGCAACGACCAGGACAGCACGAACAAAGACCAGGGCAACAAGCAGAACAGCAACGACCAGGACAAUAGCAGCAAGGACCAGGGCACCAACCAGGACAGCAACAACCAGGACAAUAGCAGCAAGGACCAGGGCAGCAGCAACCAGGACAACAGCAACAAGGACCAGGGCACCAACCAGGACAGCAACAACCCCAACAUCAACGCGCAGAACAGCAACACCCAGGACAGCACCAACCAGGACCAGGGCAACACCCAGGGUGGCACCAACCAGGGCAACGGGGCCAGCAGCCCAGGGGGGCAGCAGACCCAGGCUGAGAGCCAGGGCAGUGCUGCUGGCGAGCAGCCUCACGGGCAGGACAGUGCUCAGAACUCCCAGGAGGAGCAGAGCCCUGUGUCCCACUCGGCUGCCCCCGCUGGGGAGGGUGACAGCUCCUUGGAGAAUGAGGAGAGCGCCGUGGAGGACGUGGCCAAGGCUGAGGAGGGCAGUGACACCUCCCUGCAGCAGGACAGGGACAGGAGUGUUCCCUCCCUGCCCAGGGCCCGCUCGGAGAGCAGCCACUUCUUUGCCUACCUGGUGACCACGGCUGUCAUUGUGGCAGCCCUGUACGUGGCCUACCACAACAAACGCAAGAUCAUUGCUUUUGCUCUGGAAGGAAAAAGAUCGAAAACAGGUCGACGGCCCAAAUCUGGUGAUUAUCAGAGACUGGAUCAGAAGAUCUAGAUUCCUCCUCAGAUGAUGGCGGGGAUGCAGUGCUGCCACAGUUGGAUUCCAGUCCACGGGAAGGGCGGAAGCGCUUUUUGUUUUGCACCUGCACCUUGAUAAAACCUCUCACUUCCCUAAAUUGCUCCUUUCCCAGCUGCCUUGUUUUCCCCCUGGGCGUCUGGCUGCUGGAAAAGCCAGACCCAGGACUUGUGUGUCCCAAUGCAAUGGAGUUUGCCAUCUGCUGGACUGACCCCUCCUCCUGGGGGGACAUUAAGGAUCUGCUGCACAAUGAGCCAUGGGACUGUCCCUUGCCUGGGAACGAUGCUGCCUUGGUCUCCUCCUGCCCCUCCUUCUCCACCUGCAGGGUUUGGAUGCUCAGGUUGGGAGCACCUGAGAUCUCUCGUUUGGAAUUGACCCAGCACAGACUCAGAUUUGGGUUUUCUCUCCCUGAUCAGUCUCACACCCAGAUUCCCUUUUCCACACACAGCUUUGGCCAUGCUGAAGCAGUUUUUGUAGCUCAAACCCUUUGUGCUCCAUGCAGGUCUCUUCCCUCCCAGUGCUCCCAGUUCAGCCGUUUGCACUGUGUGUGUUGGUAGUGGUGGGGUGUGCAGGAGGGGGUCAGGCUGGGGAAUCCAUGCCCUGUUGGGUCAGGGAUUCAGAUGGGAAGAUUGCUUCCUGCCCUUGUCAGGUGUAGGAAGGAAGGAAUGUAAAUCCCUGAGGAGUUUGGGAUGAGGGAGGCUCCCAGUCCCUCCAGUGCUGGACUGGUACUGGUCAGCCCGAGGGUUGGUGCCCCACUUCCACCUGUGAGGUGGUUUUCAUUCCUGCACCUCCACUCCCCAGAGGUUUCUUCAAGCUGGGAUGUUUCUGGAGAGGGCACAAAGUACCUGCUUGGCUCCUGCUUUGGAUUUUUCCUGAAAAAAGAAAAGAUUGGAGGAGCCCAGAGCUCCUCACGUGGGCACCCAGCUGCACCACAUCAGGUGCCAGGCGUGUGCCAGUCCUGCCCUGACUGCAUGGGAGGAGUCCCAGGAUGGUUAAGUUCCCUUCUGGGGGCUUUUUCUGGCCCUGCCAGGCUUGGGGACAAUCAGCUCCUUGCCCUGUGGUCACCUUGGACAAGGGCAGAGCUGUUUCCUGGUCACUGUGAAAGCUGCAGCUCUAGUUUUGAUUUCCUAAUGGUUUAUUCCAAGAGGGGAGAGAGGGUUUGGCCUUCUCCAAACCCUAGAACCAUCCUCUCCCUUUUUGCUGGCUCUUGGCAAGCAUCAGGGUCCCUCUUGGCUUUCAAGAGUUCUCAGGGUUUCCCUAGGAAACAUCUCGGAUGCUGAAGGGACUUCCAGGAGUUGUUUGGAGAACAGGAGGGUGGAGGGAGGGGAAGGGGAAACAGGGCUGGGAAUGCAGCUCUGGGGACAAAGGGUGGAACCUCCUGCCCAGCCCACCCUGCUGCAGAGCCCCUGAGGGGUCAGCCAGGCUGGGGGCUGCUGGGGAGGGGGACACUUCUGCCUUUUUGGGCACAGCAGGGAGGGCAGCCCUGUUGCAGUGUGUGGGAUUCUGUGUGCUGCUCUGGCCAGGGGUUUUGGAGUGUGUGUGCUUUUUGGGGUGUGAGUGCUCUACGCUGGCUUUGUCCUGGUUUGUCUUUUUUUAAAUUGAAUAAUAAUUUAGAAAGGCUUUUUAUUUUUUCACCAUCUACUUACUUUUCUAUCCUGGGAGCUGUUUCAAAGCCUCUCUUGCCCCAGGCUGUGGGAUCCCACCCUGCUGCCAGCAGGGAGGGAACAUUUUGGACCUCAAGCACCUGGAUCCCAGGCUGAGCCAAGCAUUCCUUAGGGUGAUGGGGACACACCUCACGGGUCUGGGGAGAGGCAGGGCUCCCAGCAGCCUGAAUUGUGGGGUUUUCCCCCAAAAUCUCCCCACCAGCACUCCCCGAGGCUGCUGUGUUCUGCCAUCAGACUGGGCUGCCCCAGACCUCUGGGACUGCUCCCAGCUGGUUGAGUUUUAUGCUGUUUAUGCAACGUGUCCCAGAGGGAUCAAGGUGCACAAGAACCUUUUCCCUUUGGACACACGUGUUUUCCAUGGAUGCUGUCUGUUGGUACAGGGGGUUUUUGCCAAAUAUUCCUACUUUUUAGGCUCAAACCAGCACGUGGUUUGUUUUCUGCUGCAGUGCAAUGCACCUUGCUUGGAAGGAUCAGAAUUUUUUACAGUUCUUUGUACUGUUUUUUUAUUUUCUGUGCGGUGAAAUCAGUAAAUGGAUUAAAAAAGACACAAAAGGGUGA